AAAGUGCCGUCAACAAUCCUUUCACGCCCGCACAAGCGCGCGCCUUUUGUUUGUCAGUAAAGGCGUCGGGAACGGGCGGGGCGGAAAAGGAAGCGCACAAAGUCCGAGAAAGGUGUGUUUGCAUGCCCGCCGAUGACGAGCCGAUAGCGCUACCGCGCUGCGCCGAUACGGUCCAUCCAACGCCGAUAGCAUCCGAGACCGCCCUAUCGGGGAGGCACGUUGUUCAACCCAACAAGUGGCGAAGCAGACGGCUGCGUGUCCCCCCUCCAUCCCCAGACAGCGACUUGCUACAAAGCAGAGCGUCUUAAAAGAAUAGGCGCUAUUGUGUGUUCGAGCAUGGACGGUACGGACGCCGUCACAGCGGUCGUCUACGUCACAGCGUCGUUGGCGACCGUCUGGUGCGUGUCGGAGGCCUACCUGCGAUACGUGUGCUCCAAGCGCGUCGUCGAAGGAAUGUUACCCUCCAACGUGCCUCACUCGGUGCAGACCAGCUCUUACGGAACCUUGACCGACGCCUGCCAGGAGAUGACUCCGUCGUACCGCGAUGACCGGGCCACGAGCGCCGAUGGAUCGCCGGAAGUCGUGCUGAUCAUAGAAGACUCGAAACCCCCACCGUACGACCAGUGCCUCAUGCAAGAGUCCGAACCGCCGCCUUACGUGGAAUCCCUGCCGGGAGAGUGAACGGCGAGACAUGAGCGCGGAGCACACUUGAUCGCUGAUUUGCCUAAUAUGAGGCAUUAUCCGAGCAUGCCACUGUGACGCGGACGAACGUCCGGAGUUGAGGCUAGACUUCGCGAAGCCAGAAAUGACGUAACAGUGUCGUCACUUCCCCUCUCUUGCUUGCGCGCGCGCCUUGUAAGCGAAGCGGCGUCACCGUAUGACUGUCCUGUUCCAAACCCACGCCAUCGCAGUUCUCGCGCCAACGCGGAGCGUGCGUCGGAUCGUAAGUGCAAACUGUCACUGUGGCACUAUUUUGCAUAUAGGCCCAGCUACAACCGCUCAAGUGCGUGCUAUUUUUUUUAAAGCGUUUUAAUUCUUGACAUCGAAGCCCACAGCCAUGACGCCGUGCUGCUGAAAUAAUAAAAGCUGUGAACGAAUUAUAA